GACACUUCGCGUUGCAGCUAAGGCGUGGCGUCCACUCCGGGCGCCUGAAGGAGACUCGAAGACGCCUGGGUCGUGCGGCUUGUGUCGUUGGGAGUCGCCGCGGCCGCCGCCAGUGCCCUCGGUCCAUGAGGAAGAUGCUCGCCGCCGUCUCCCGCGUGUUGUCGGGCGCUGCCCAGAAGCCGGCAAGCAGAGUGCUGGUGGCAUCCCGUAAUUUUGCAAAUGAUGCUACAUUUGAAAUUAAGAAGUGUGAUCUUCACCGCCUAGAGGAGGGCCCCCCUGUCACAACGGUGCUCACCAGGGAGGAUGGGCUCAAAUACUACAAGAUGAUGCAGACUGUUCGCCGAAUGGAGUUAAAGGCAGAUCAGCUGUAUAAACAGAAAAUUAUUCGUGGCUUCUGUCACUUGUGUGAUGGUCAGGAAGCUUGUUGUGUGGGCCUGGAAGCUGGCAUAAAUCCCACAGACCAUCUGAUCACAGCCUAUCGGGCUCAUGGCUUUACCUAUACUCGUGGGCUUUCUGUACGAGAAAUUCUUGCAGAGCUUACAGGACGAAGAGGAGGUUGUGCUAAAGGAAAAGGAGGAUCAAUGCAUAUGUAUGCCAAGAAUUUCUACGGGGGCAAUGGCAUCGUUGGAGCUCAGGUGCCCCUGGGAGCUGGGAUUGCUCUGGCCUGUAAGUAUAAUGGAAAAGAUGAGGUCUGUUUGACCCUCUAUGGCGAUGGCGCUGCUAAUCAGGGUCAGAUAUUUGAAGCUUACAAUAUGGCAGCUUUGUGGAAAUUACCUUGUAUUUUCAUCUGUGAAAAUAACCGCUAUGGAAUGGGGACAUCUGUUGAGAGAGCAGCAGCCAGCACUGAUUACUACAAGAGAGGUGACUUCAUUCCUGGGCUGAGGGUAGAUGGGAUGGAUGUCCUAUGUGUCCGGGAGGCAACAAAGUUUGCAGCCGCCUACUGUAGAUCUGGAAAGGGGCCCAUACUGAUGGAGCUGCAGACCUACCGUUACCAUGGACACAGCAUGAGUGAUCCUGGAGUCAGUUAUCGUACACGAGAAGAAAUUCAGGAAGUAAGAAGCAAGAGUGACCCUAUCAUGCUUCUCAAGGAUAGAAUGGUGAACAGCAACCUUGCCAGUGUUGAAGAAUUAAAGGAAAUUGAUGUUGAAGUGAGGAAAGAAAUUGAGGAUGCUGCCCAGUUUGCAACAGCGGAUCCUGAACCACCUUUGGAAGAACUGGGCUAUCACAUCUACUCCAACGAUCCACCUUUUGAAGUUCGGGGUGCAAACCAGUGGAUCAAGUUUAAGUCUGUCAGUUAACAGGAGACUGCAUGUGAUGGUUAUACCUUCAGUGGGCUAUUUGACAGCAACUGUAAGGAACUUUUCUCAACUUCAUUAAGGAGGGAAAACCCACAGAACAUAUGUAGAUUAAGAUAGUAAUUGCAUGCAGUUUAUACAGUUUUGCAUUAAAGGUUAUGUUAGCUUUGUAUAGGUCUAAAUAGGUAAUACUUUGCUCAGCCUUCCUUCAAAUUACCUUCAAAUUAUUUCCUUCAAAUUAUUUCCUUAAAAUAGUUCUAUUUGACUUAGUUCACUAUUUUAGUAAGUAAGUACUUUUUAGUUACUGAAAGGAAAAACAAUUCCUUGUAUGCCUGUCCAACUCUGCCACCUUAUUGGGUGGGGAGGAGGGGGUGCUCAUUCACUAGUCUCUGGCCUGACCCCACAGCUAACACAGUGUACAUUAAUGUGUGCGCACAUGCCUCCAUGAGUGUGCUUGUCAGUGUGGAAGCCUGCUCACGCUCACUACCAUUGCUCUUUAAUAAAACAGCAUUUACUAUAUAACCAGGCUGUGGGUACAAGGACAAUUCUACUUUUAAAGAGACUAUUUCACAGUCAUUUUAAAAUCCAAAUAACUGUAUUACCUGCAUUUAUAUGCAUUUAUACAUUCAAUAUAAACAACGUUGUAACGGGGAAAUAGCUUCAAAUGCAAUUACUCAGUUACUAUUAAUGUAUAACCUAAAACAGUGAUUCCUAGCCUUUUUGUUAAACACCCAUUGUUUUACCUUUGCGGCAAGUGCUAGAGGGUGUGCUUAUUUUUUUCCAUUGGGUAAGUUAAAACUCAUUUUUAAGAAUUCCAUAAUAUUCCAGAUGUAAAAACUGGGGCUCACAAUCACUGUUCUCAAAAUACAUACUAUUCUACUCACCUUUAAAACAUGUUGAUAAACAGAGGCAUAAAACAUGUUGAUAAAAGGCACAAAAAACACACCGAUAAAUAACAGGUACAAAAAAACAUUUCAUUAACUCUUUAUAACUUCAAAUUUUUGAACUGUUCAUGGUGUGUGUGUCUGCCUGAGAAGCUUUAACAACAAAGAUGUUGUCGCCUUGCUCCCUGGCUUAGCUGGCUGGCUAAGCCUCAUCCUGCAUAGCUGCGGCUCCCUGAGUCUGUCUUCUGUACUGGGAGAUUGCAGUCCAGAGCUUGCAGAGGAGCUCACCACUACGAAACAAACAACAGUCUUCUUUAGAGUCAAAAAGAAAACUUCUUUAGGAACCCCUAUGGCAAAAACUAUAGCAUAUAAUUGUAGGCUUGUCUAGAUUCACCAUUUGGUCUUAAAAACUUAGCUAAAAUAAGAAUAUGUUCUUCUCACGUAUGGAGGUGACACUUUGUGUCCCAGCAGGAAUGGGACAUGGCCUUAGAGGUAUAGUCAAAGCUCAGCUGUCAAACAAAACUUUGGUUCUUGAUCUGAUAACCCUUUCGUGCUGAUACUUGUGGGAUCAGUUAUGUGUCUCUCAGGUGACAAGGGAGAUUUGGUUUUUGAACAAAUCGCUCCUCAAACAGCCUUCCAGAAUGAAUUAAGUUCGAGAACCAAGGUUCCAGGUGUGCUGGCGGAUGUUUGUAGAGCAGCACAUUUAAGAUGACAGGAAUUAGAAUGCAGGUUGCAAUUUAAAGAGGGGUUUGGCUGUAACAUGGAAGGGGGAAGAGAUGCUUCUCUUUUGCCUUCCUACUUCUGACUUUUCCUAUGGGGCCUUUAUAGCGUGUGCCACCUUUUGGCUUUACUCCCAAUUUGAACCUGGGAAAACCACAGAAUGGCAUUUUCUGAUUAAGCCAUAGGAAAGGGAGUUAAUUUCAAUGAAGAGUGAAAGGCAGUAGCAUUUUGUUUUCUACUACUUUGUUUAAAAGCAUCAUCACAUGAAAAGCAUGUUUUUUCUGUUGUACAAAGUGUUCUGAGGCUGUUCUUACCGUAUUCCGAGGGAACUAAGGUCUUCCUUAGUGAGCUCAUUACGAAUAUCAGAAAGUGUAUAACCCUCCUUAACAAUCUGAAAUAAAGAUCAAAUACAUAG